AUGGGCUUUAAUGCCCCACAACACUUGGUCCGCAAGCUACACGUCGUCUUGCUUCCCAAGUUAUCUCCAAUAUAUGGAAGCCAGGAUGAAGAGAAGGCAGUGAUUGAAACCCCUCCCUUCCAUUCAAUUGCUCCGAAAAGCUUUUGUUUUCGCUGUAGUUGGGAUUGUAGAAUGAGUGCUCCAAGGUACCGCUUGCUUCCGCUGGAGACAGAUCUUAAUCAGCCUCCUCUGCUAACAGAUUUUCGCUGGAGUGAUAAGAUGCCUUUCUCAAAAUCUCGGGUCUCCAUAGCAGUUCAGCGAGUUGGGCAGACUCUUGUCUUGAGCCCUGGACCGGACGAAGAGGGAGAGAAAUUGAUUAGGAGAGAACACCAGGAUGAAUCGUUGUUUCUGAACUUUGCUAUGCAUUCAGUGAGGAUGGAGGCGUGUGAUUGCCCCCCGGUCCAUCACCCACAUACAGAGGGACAGUCAAGUUCUUCUGCCCUCCCCGCGCGCAGGAGAGAACUCCCAUGGGCGUCAACAGAAUGGUGA